AUGACGUCAUUGGAUCCUAAAUUAAAAGAUUUUUAUUCAUCUCUUAAUAUAUUUCUUCAAGACAAAUCAUAUAUUCAAGGAUACACACCAUCCCAGGCAGAUGUUUCUGUUUUUAAUGAAAUACAACAACCGCCUAUAGCUACUGAGUUUCCACACCUUGCUCGAUGGUACACACAUAUUUUUUCAUAUAAACAAGAGCAUUCUGUACUUCCUGGUGAACGAGGAAAAUCUGCUUGUUCAUAUGUUCCUCUUUCUACAUUUCAAACUGAAGAAAAAGAAGAAGAGGAAGAAGAGGAAGAUAUUGAUCUUUUUGGAAGUAGUGAUGAAGAAGAUGAAGAAGCAGAAAGAAUGAAAGCUGAACGAGUUAAAAUGUAUAAUGAGAAAAAAGCUUCAAAGCCCAAAACUAUUGCUAAGUCACUUGUUACUUUGGAUGUUAAACCAUGGGAUGAUGAAACAGAUAUGGUCGCUUUAGAAGAAGGCGUUCGGGCUAUUGAAAUGGACGGUCUUGUAUGGGGUGCUAGCAAACUUGUUCUUGUGGGAUAUGGUAUCCGUAAACUUCAAAUUACACUUGUUGUUGAAGAUGAUAAAGUCUCUAUUGAAGAGCUUCAAGAACAAAUUGCAGAACUGGAAGAUUACGUACAGAGUUCUGAUGUUGUUGCAAUGCAAAAACUUUAA